CGGCAGCCGCGACCGGGACGGGCCGCAUACCGCGGCGGGGAGAGGUGGCCGUGGGCAGGCUCGCCGGAAGGAAGUGACGGGGCGCUGCUGCCCCUGCUAAUGGCCGCCGCACCCGGGGGCAUCCGCCGGCCCGCCCAGGUGUGGACGGGGCCGCUGCACACACACGCACGCACGCACGCACACACACGCACACCCCCGCCAAGCGUAGUGGCACCGCCGGCCCCUCACCGACGGGGCGGCCCCGGCCCCGCCCCCCCCGCGCGGCGGCCUUAGCGGCGGCAUCGGCACGCAGGGCACAGAGCGGCGGUUGGCGGCGGCCUCGGCGGGAUGUCGGCGGUGACGGGCGCGGAGCGGCUCCGCGAUGGCAGCUGCCACUUCCAGCGCUCCCGGCUCAUCUGGAUGAUCGCCAUCACCUUCGGCAUGAUCGUCCUCGGCUGGGUAACACUUUGGCCUUCAACUAUACCAUAUAGUUAUUUGGGAAUAUUUGGUACCUUCCUUAAUUAUUUAGUGGAAAACCACCACAAAUGGGUAUGCUAUGGGUUCUGGGUAUCCUGGUUGAUUCAUGUAGUAGAAGCCUUCUACAGCGUUAAGUUAUGCCAAUCUAAAGGAAUCACUGACCCGGCAAUUCAGUUUCAAUGGUUUAUUCAGACACUUUUAUUUGGGUAUGCUUCCUUUGGUCUUCUGGUGUCUUACAAACCUUCAGCCAAGAAGCACUACUAGAAGACAGUGAAAGAAGUCACUUCUCACAUUCUUCAUCCUCAUUUUUCAGAAAAUAUCCUCACACAUCUAGGUGCUGUAAUUAGCUAAAUUACAUUCCUGCUACAUGAUGCAGUGCCCUUCUACCCAAGUAACUCUCCUCUUACUAAAGAAGACAAUUAAAAUUCACAGGGCCCUGUGGAUAGUUCAGUAGAAAUUCAGCCUUUCAGUCUUGGCACUACCAAAGUUUAAUCCUAUUUAUUAUGCGAGAAGCCAGAAGUUGCUCCUCUGCAGUUUUUGACAUAAACUGUAUCCUCUGAUUGCCAUUGAAAAGUCCCUGACUGCUGGCAAUAGUGGUUGAUAAUUACCUUGUCAUGUGAAGGAAUUUUCCUCUGCAACAGGGAGUUAAUUUACACCUACAAGGCAACUUACACCUAUUUUGUAAUAGGGUAUAAAUUUACCUUUAUUUUCUCUACAGGAUGUUUUACUGGCUUUGUUGUUGUUGUUAUUGUUAGAGCCUGGUCUUUGUACUUUGUUUUGCCAACUUAAUUUUUUCCACAAAGGACAGACCACUUAUUGCUGCAGGCACAUUAAAAAGAACAGGUCUCAGUUCAGGUUGAGGUGCGGUGAUGAGCUCGGAUACAUAAUGCACUUUAACUUGGUUUAAUAUGUGUGCCUUAAAUUUCAUGCAGCAUGACCUCAUCUUUUGAAUAAGGAUUUUAAUCUUUGAGUUGGUAUAGCAUAAAGUAGUAAUCCUAUAGCUUUGAGGGCAGCUUUUUCAAAAAGUAAUUUAUUAUUCAAGAAAAAAAUAAA